GCCACGUUGCUGUAGAGACAACGUACUUAACGCUCCUCUCACACCGGGAGGAUGCAGUUUACUUUCCUCUACACAAGGCGGUAGGCGGCGGACAACUUCAAGCUGCAAAACUAACACACACCUGUGUGUCGGGUUUCUGUCAGGUGGAGUUUCCGCUCGCCCCGCAGCUGUAAAAUGUUAACUGACAUGAUUUUGGAGGAAGAGUUUGACAAGAAUGGAGAGUCUUGGUACGACCCGCAGGACCUUGAACACGAUCUCCAUUUGGCGGCGGAGCUGGGAAAAACCCUCCUCGACAGGAACCAUGAGCUGGAGCAGGCCCUCCAGCAGAUGUACUCCACCAACCAGGAGCAGCUGCAGGAGAUAGAGUACCUGACGAAGCAGGUAGACCUGCUGCGUCAGAUGAACGACCAGCAUGCCAAAGUGUAUGAGCAGCUAGACGUGACUGCCAGGGAUCUGGAGCAAGGCAACCGGAGACUAGUGCAGGACAACCGCUUGGCCCAGCAGAGGAUCCAUAGUCUAACAGAGACCAUAGACGGGCUUCAGACCCACAUGGAGGACCUGCAGACCCAGGUGGAUGAGCUCAAGACUGCCCAGGCAGAGAGAAACAAAAGAGAGCAGCGACGCAGCCUCGGAGCACAGAGUGUGUCCUGUCUCAAAGAGCUGUAUGACUUACACCAUGACAGGCACCUAGCCCACAACAGUCUGCACGUGGAUGGACUCUGGUCGCCUCAGGGCUCUUUCUAUGACCAAGACAGAUGCCAAGACCCAGAGGAGGAGAAUGUGGCUCUCCAAAGGUCUGUCCAGACACUUCAGGCCCAGAUAGCUGCGGAGCGGAGCCGCAGGGAGGCUGCAGAGCAGGAGAAUGAGUUGACAGCCAGGGAGAACAUUGGCCUGGAGCAGCGGCUGUCCCUGCUGGCAGGCUGCUGGACCAGGCAGAAGGAGCUGGAGGCCGAAGUGGAACAGCUGCGGCUUCUAUGGCGCGCUGACUGUGCCAAGAGUGUCAGAAGACCAGACCAGCUGCUGCUGCCUGAUACAGUAUUCUUCGCCUCAGAAGAAAAGGUCAGCCCAGGGCAGAGUGACACAGAGGAGAAGGUAGAAAAUGAUGAGGAGCAGAGAAGAUACAGCCGACAGAGGUGUAACAGUGACAGCGUUCUGAGAGCGACAAACCCAGACGAGAUUCGCCGUGGUCACGAGCAGCUGUGUAUAAGGCGAGCCGAGGCGGUGAAACAGAGGGGCAUCUCUCUGCUCAAUGAGGUGGAUGCACAGUACAGCGCGCUCCAGGUGAAAUAUGAUGAGCUGCUGCAGCGAUGCCAGCAGGCGACAGACGGACUCAGCCAUAAAGCCGUCCAGACAUCCAAUAGUCCCUUUGUGAGCAUCCGGACCCGCCGCCGCCUGUCCAGCUCAGCUGCUUUGUCUGAUCUGACAGUGGUUCUGGAAGACGGCCAGCAGCCUGAGUACAAGGCUCUCUUCAAGGAGAUCUUCACCUGCAUCCAAAAGACCAAAGAGGACCUCAGUGACAGCAAACGUCCAGACAGGGAGAGUAAAUUCUCCAGCUCUGCCUAAUAGUUGUAUUAUUCAUCUUUAUGGGACAUGGGGCUUGCACUCGUUUGUGAAAGUUUUUGACAAAUAAGAAACUUUGAGGUGGCUUUGCAAUAAAAAUAUCCAGUGGGUGCAAAUGCAAUAAGCACGCUUAGUCCUUGUGCGACUUAGACACGCUGCAAUCCUCUUAUCUCCUGUCAUGUUGACGCACCUAUACUUUUGUCAGUCAGCACUGUUCCAUUUAUUCCGUCCUUAUCAAAAAUGAAGUGUUAUAAAACUUGUUAUAUAAAGCAGCUGUAUGAUUUGACAAAUGAAUACAUUCCAAAGUACAAUAACAAAUAUACAGAAAAUUACAGAUAAUAAAGAAUUAUUGUAUAGGGAAAUAUUUAUAGUUAUAUUAAUACGUACUAACAGAUCCUUAGACUAAUAAAAAGUACAUUUCAGUGUGUAGUUUGACCUCCAAAUCUACAAGUAUUAUGUCCAACUGCAACAGCAUUCAGUGUCAUAUUCAGUCUAUAUAAUGUUAACCCUGUUAUUUGGUGUUUGGAAGAGAAAUACACACAUUGAAUAUUGUUAGCGUUUUGAUGUAAGUUGGAGACAUAGCUGUUAUAUAUGACUUAUAUAAACAGAAAUGUUGGAAUGUUGUAAUAGGAUGAAAAACUGUAGCUAUGUAAUAACUAAAGACUCAGGAGUUUAUGAUAAAUAGCUUAACAGCUAGCGUGAGGUGGUUUUUGUAAGUUGGCAAUAGUUGGUUCACCAGUCAAGGGUCAUUGUAAUGUCACCAGAGAAAUUUCAGUGUACACUGGAAUACUGUUUUUAACAGUCUAUGCAUUCUGUUUUCAUGUCUGUGCAAAGCUUAGGCUGCAAUGAGCCUUUAUGCCAGUAGUACACAUAACAGCCCUGCACUUUUUAUGAUUGAAUCACAGUUUGAUGUUUUAUUUAUUUUUUUUAAAUAAGUUUAGAGAAGAUAAAAUGCUAUUUAUUUUCUUUAUUGCUAAAUAUUUAGAUUAAUCAGCCAAGACUGACUGAAAGUGAAAUCAAAUGUACAAUAAGGUGUUUUUCUGUGGUUGUAAAUAUUCUGUCUGACAAGGUUGAUUGAGAAAAAAAUAAUACAGAGGUAAAUGGAAAGCACAAAAGAAAUGUUCUCUUGUAUAUAAACAAUUUCCUGUGCCUCGAA